AGGCCUCGGCCGACCUCCGGCAGGAUGUGGCCGGGAGCUGAGGACUGGAGGGCGGAGUCCUGGCCCGAGGCCGGCCCGCUUGGGGGUGGGUCGAAGUGUGGCACCGACGCCCGCAGCUUGGCCGCGGCUACCGCCGCAAUAACGGAAGAGUGGCAGAGCCUUGGCGACGCGGGACUAAGCUCAGAGAUUCUAGUGCCCUGUUCGCCGAGCGAGGUGGGCGGGAAGCUAGGGAUUAUGGCCAGAGCCGGCAUGGAGCGGUGGCGCGGCCGGCUGGCCCUGGUGACCGGAGCCUCUGGGGGCAUCGGCGCAGCGGUAGCCCGGGCCUUGGUCCAGCAGGGAUUGAAGGUGGUGGGUUGUGCCCGCACCGUGGGCAACAUUGAGGAGCUGGCUGCUGAAUGUAAGAGUGCAGGCUACCCCGGGACUUUGAUCCCCUACAGAUGUGACCUGUCAAAUGAGGAGGACAUCCUCUCCAUGUUCUCAGCUGUGCGCUCUCAGCAUGGUGGUGUGGACAUCUGCAUCAACAAUGCUGGCCUGGCCCGGCCUGACACCCUGCUCUCAGGCAGCACCAGCGGUUGGAAGAACAUGUUCAACGUAAACGUGCUGGCUCUCAGCAUCUGCACACGGGAAGCCUACCAGUCCAUGAAGGAGCGGAAUGUGGAUGACGGGCACAUCAUUAACAUCAACAGCAUGUCUGGUCACCGAGUCCCACCCAACUCUGCGACCCAUUUCUAUAGUGCAACCAAAUACACCGUCACUGCGCUGACUGAGGGAUUGAGGCAAGAGCUUCGGGAGGCCCAGACCCACAUUCGCGCCACGUGCAUUUCUCCAGGUGUGGUGGAGACCCAGUUUGCCUUCAGACUCCAUGACAAGGACCCUGAAAAAGCAGCUGCUACCUAUGAAGUCAUGAAGUGUCUCAAACCUGAGGAUGUGGCUGAGGCUGUCAUCUAUGUCCUCAGCAGCCCCCCACAUGUCCAGAUUGGAGACAUCCAGAUGAGGCCCACAGAGCAGGUGGUCUAGUGUCCUGUGGGAGCUCUUCCUUCCUUCCCUACUCCUGAUGGCUUGGCUCCUGCCUCUGGAUUUUAGGUGUUGAUUUCUGAACCCCUGGAUCCUACUUUCUGUCUCUACCCCAAGGGCUAGAAUUUUUGUUUGAAGUUUUAAUAUCUUGUCAAAUCAUUUCCACUGCAAAUGUGAAAAAUGGGCUGGGGAGAGGAGGUGGGGGCCCUCAUUGCUUUUCCUGUUACACGCUAUGAGUUUCCUCCUUGGUCUCCUUCACCUUUGCUCUCCUCAGGCUUCCCUUUGAACUGGCAAAGGGGAUAUGGCCAAAAGGGGGGCUCCCCCAUCUUCUUGCAUCCCAACCUCUGUCCUUCAAGGUUGGAGUGGCAGAGAGAGGCCCUCACCUUACAUUUGAAUGGUUACCCAGGGCUCCAGCUUUCCUUCUCUCCCUGCCCCACUGCUUCCCCUUCCCCGUCCCUUCCCCUUUCCAGCUCUCCAGCCCAAUCUAGGUUUCUGUGCUUCGAGUGGGACCAUCUCUCUACUCUGACUAUAGGAGCAGAAUCCCAGGGCCUGGCUCCCAGUAGAUUUCACUGUGAUAAUUAAAAAAGAAAAAUCACAACCAACUUGA